AUGCCCAUCACAGCAGAGCCCCGCUCCAGCGAGAGGGACGAGGUGCUGUCCCCAGUUGUGGCCACUGGGGCUGCAGUGUCCAUGGGGGAGGAGCCAGGUCCUGACCGAGCGGCCACACCCCCUGUGUGGGGACUUGGAGGUCCUGGGGGGGACAGCAGCCAGCCCAUCCCUGGACCCAGUGCUGGCACAGUCUCCGGGGCCAGUGAAGACCUGUGGCCUCCCAGAAGACGCCCACCACCAGGAAAGCAGAUCCCCUGCUCCAGUCCUGGCUGCUUCCUCAGUUUCCCCAGCGUGCGGGAUCUGGCACAGCAUCUUCGGACCCACUGCCCACCUACACAGUCCCUGGAAGGCAAGGUCUUCCGCUGCUCGGCCCUGAGCUGCACCGAGACCUUCCCCACCAUGCAGGAGCUAAUGGUGCACAGCAAGCUGCACUACAAACCCAACCGAUACUUCAAGUGUGAGAACUGCCUCCUGCGCUUCCGCACGCACCGCUCGCUCUUCAAGCAUCUGCAUGUUUGCGCCGAGCAUGCGCAGAGCCCAGCCCCGCCGCCGCCCCCUGCCCUCGACAAGGAGCUGCCGGCGCCCGAGCGCCCCCCGGAGGCCGAUCUCGCGUCGGGGCCGGGCCUGCCGCUCCCCCUGCUCGAGCCCUUCACGGCCCCUGCCCCGACCCCCACCGGGCCCUUCUUGCCCUACUUGAACCCCACGCCCUUUGGCUUGAGCCCCCCACGCUUACGGCCCUUCCUGGCCGCCGCUCCCGGGCCUCCUGCCUCCAGCGCCGCAGUCUGGAAAAAAAACCAAGGUGCCGGCAGCAGCCCCCGGAGACCCCAGGGCGGCGCCGAAGCACCCUCAGGGCACGCGGCCCCAAGCCGCAUCGUGUGGGAGCACACGCGCGGCCGCUACUCAUGCAUGCAGUGCGCCUUCUCCACCGCCUCCCGGCCCGCCAUGACGCUGCACCUGGAGGACCACCGCCCCGCCGGCCCCGGGGCCUCCGCGGCCGGGCCUCCCCGCCCCGACGGUCCGGCGGACCCGGCCCCACUUGCACCCAAGGUGUCGCCGUCGUCGCUGUCCGAGGGGGAGCGUCCGGUUUUCUUGCCGCUCUGAUUCCGGCUGCAUAGGGGGAGGGGGGCUGUGGGUAGUUUUGUAACAACUGGAGGG